AUGGGCACGAACCCUCCGCAUCGCUGUACGAUUCGAUGGAUCACAUUGUCCGUGUGUUGUGCAGCUUUAACAGUGAGAGCGCGAGCGAGAGAAAAAGACGGAGAUCCUGUCCCCGACUGUAUGGGGACCGCACCGACUCGGCGGGGGAUUAUGCAGCCUGCACCGGUUGGGCACCUCUGGGAGCAGGAUACUCGGAGAUCCCCUUUCGAUCUGGUCGGGUGGGGAGAGAGAAAUAACAGGCCUGGCUCAGCUCAGGCUGCCGACAUCAUCCCGCGGGCGCGGAGGUGGAAGUGGGUGGUCCGGGGCCUUGCGCGAUCGGGCAUCCUGCAUGAGGCCGGAGACGAAUCAUUGAUGGGUGGCCUGUGGACUGCCUGGUCUGCAGAUCGCGUUCUUCGGCCUUGCAAUGGGGUUUACGCCACAGUUGCCCUAUGCUAUGCGGCGAUCAUGCAAGGGUGGCAGACACAGACCAAGUCGAGUCUGCCGGAACUCGGAUAA